AAAUCUAAGGAUGGCAGCGGUUCGGGUUCGGAUCGGAUGGAACCUCAGGGCACCCAAAACCAAAACCCAAACUUAAAAACCAAAACCAAAACCAAAACUGUUUCGGACAACAACAUAAAACAUGACAACUUAGGAAGAGUACCAGGCAACCAGUCACAAAUUAGCAAGUACCAACGUACAGUACAAGCCAUAAAGGUAGUAGAGUACAUAGCUAAGCCAAGCCAUGUGCCCAGCCCAUGUCCAGACUCCAGAAACAUAGAAAUAGAAGUUCAAGGCCUUCAGGCACACACACAUACACACAUACUCACGCACGGGAGUCGGGAGAGGAGAAGAGUUCGGUCGGCAUUUUUUUUUAGUCGGGAUGUUGGUGGCGGUGCGGCUGUUGGUCACGCAGGCACGGGAGAGGAUAAGAGGCAGAGGAAAUUUCCACUUAUAUAG